CUAAUUUGUCAUUCUUUACCUCAUACAUAGAUCCUAUCCAAUUAUCUCUCCUCUUUUAUUCUUUAUUUGUCAUUUUCCUUUGUCCCUCCUUAUAAACAAGAAAAAGUCUUUAAACACCAUUUAUAGCUAGUUGCACUUUCAUAUCAUAUUUACAUCCACCAAAGAACCAUCUAGGUUCUAAACCAUCUCACACAAACACACAGAGAUGGCUGGGUUGCAAAGGUCUACAACAUCCUUUAGAAGACAAGGGUCCUCAGGCUUGGUCUGGAAUGACCGGUUUAUAUCAGGGGACUUGAACAAAAUGAGGACUACUCAACAAAAACAACAACAAGAGGUCGCGGAAUUUAGAGAGCUGAGGCCAUCCCGGAGUGUAGGGUCAAUUGGUUUAAUGGAACGUAGGCCAUCCACAACCACAAAAGGACAUGCAUAUCGGAAGGAUAAGGUUGUUUCAACACCAAACAAGGACCCGCCUUCUCCGAAGUUUGCAGGUUGUGGCUUUUGUGGUGCCAUAUUUGGAAAACAAGAGAUUUCUCAUCAGCCAAAAUCAAACAAGCAUAGGGCAAAGUGAACUUGUAAGGGAUUAUUGCAUGGGUGCUUUUCCAAAUUUUUUGUUUGGUGUUGUGUAAUUGUUAUGUUUAUGUAUAGUACUAGUUGAAAUACAUUGAUUACAACAAAAACUGAGUCAUAAGAAUUAAGAAAGCACAAAACCAAACAUGUCUGUGUGUUUGUUUUCUUUGUUGUUCCCCCCAGAUUUUGAUGGAAAACUUUUCUCUAUGGCUGUUUGAAAGUCUU